AUCUGCUCCUCCAAACACACAGGAAUUUACCAACAGUUCAACUCCUCCCACGAAAGAGUUUAUGAAAGAAAGCUGAAAACAUGACUGAUCCAGAACCCUGCGGAAUAAAACAGGAAGAUACUGAACAACAAAUAGAUCUGCUCCUCCAACCACAUAGGAAUUCACCUACAGUUCAGCUCUUCCCAUAACAGUCUACAAAAGAGUUUAUGAAAGAAAGCCGAAAACAUGACUGAUCCAGAACCAUGCGGAACAAAACAGGAAGAUACUGAACAACAAAUAGAUCUGCUCCUCCAACCACAUAGGAAUUUACCAACAGUUCAACUCCUCCCACAACAAUUAAUGGAAAAAGCUGAAAACAUGACUGAUCCAGAACCCUGCGGAAUAAAACAGGAAGAUACUGAAGAACAAAUAGACUUGACAGAAGAGAACAAGGAGACUGAAGAACUGAUUAAAGAGAGGGAGAGCCAUCAUGUAAAAAGUGAAGAAACAUCCUCAUUGACAAGAAGAGACAAAAUAUGGCCUGAGUGUGAAAAGAGUCUCUCAUGCAAGCAAAAUCUUGAUCUUCACAUAAAAUGUCAUCUUGAAGGGAAGCUGUACACAUGUGAUCAGUGUGAAAAGACUUUCACAAUAAAAGAAAACCUUACAAAACAUAUGAAUAUCCACACUGGAGAGAAGCCGUACACAUGUGUUCAGUGUGGGAAGGGCUUCACACAAAAAGGAGACCUUGAUGCACAUCUAAAAACCCACACUGGUGAGAAGCUAGAAAACUGUCACCAAAGUAGUAAAAGAUUUUUUAGGCCACAUUUCCUGAAGGACCGCCUGAACGUUCAUACGAAGGGCAAGCAUUUUGUAUGUGAUUUAUGUGGAAAGAGUUUUAAUCGGAUGGCUGCAUUAAAGAUACACCAGAAAAGACACAGCGGUGUGAAGGAUCAUGCUUGCUCUGAGUGUGGGAAGACUUUUUUUACAUAUGAUGCAAUGAAAGUGCACCAGACAGUUCACACUACAGAAACACCUUACAAGUGUUCACACUGUGACAAGAGAUUCAAACGGUCAACAUAUCUGAGAAUACAUGAGAGGAUCCACACUGGAGAGAAGCCGUACACAUGUGAUCAAUGUGGGAAGAGCUUCAGACUAAAAGAAAUGCUUAAUCAACAUAUGAAUAUCCACACUGGAGAGAAGCUACACACAUGUGAUCAGUGUGGGAAGAAUUUCAGACAAAAAAGACACCUUAACCAACAUAUGAAAAUCCACACUGGAGAGAAGCUACACACAUGUGAUCAGUGUGGGAAGGGUUUCUUAGAUAAAGGUAACCUUAAAGACCACAUGAAUAUCCACACUGGAGAGAAGCCGUACAUAUGUGAUCAGUGUGGCAGGAGUUUUGCACAUAAAGGAAACCUUGUCAAACACAUGAAAAGACACACUGGGAAGAAGCCACACACAUGUGAUCAAUGUGGGAAGAGUUUCGCAGAAAAGGGAACCCUUAAUGAACACAUGAGGAUCCACACUGGAGAGAAGCCAUACACAUGUGAUCAGUGUGGGAGGAGUUUCAAACGACAAGAAAGCCUUCAUGAUCACGUGAAAAUCCACACUGGAGAGAAGCCGUACACAUGUGAACACUGUGGAAAGAAUUUCAGACAAAAAAGACACCUUAACCAACAUAUGAAAAUCCACACUGGAGAGAAGCUACACACAUGUGAUCAGUGUGGGAAGGGUUUCUUAGAUAAAGGAAACCUUAAAGACCACAUGAAUAUCCACACUGGAGAGAAGCCGUACACGUGUGAUCAGUGUGGGAAGAGUUUCAUACGAAGAGUAACCCUUUACAUACACAAGAAAACCCACAAUGGAGUGAAACAGCACCAGACAGUUCACACUACAGAAACACCUUACAAGUGUUCACAUUGUGACAAGAAAUUCAAACGGUCUGAUUAUCUGAGACUACAUGAGAGCAUCCACACUGGAGAGAAGCCGUAUACAUGUGAUCAAUGUGGGAAGAGCUUCAGACUAAAAGAAAUGCUUAAUCGUCACUUGAAUAUCCACACUGGAGAGAAGCCGUACACAUGUGAUCACUGUGGGAAGAAUUUCAGACAAAAAAGACACCUUAACCAACAUAUGAAAAUCCACACUGGAGAGAAGCUACACACAUGUGAUCAGUGCGGGAAGGGUUUCUUAGAUAAAGGAAACCUUAAAGACCACAUGAAUAUCCACACUGGAGAGAAGCCGUACACAUGUGAUCAGUGUGGGAAGAGUUUCAGCCGAAGAGUAACCCUUUACAAACACAAGAAAACCCACACUGGAAGGAUCCACACUGGAGAGAAGCCGCAUUACUGCCAUUCAUGUGGGAAGAGUUUCACAAUUAAAGGAAGCCUUACAAAACACAUGAAUAUCCACAGUGGGGACAAGCCGUACACAUGUGAUCAGUGUGGAAAGAGAUUCAGACAAAAAGUAAUCCUUAAAAGACACAUGAUUAUCCAUGCUGGGGAGAAGCCGUACACAUGCAGUCAGUGUGGAAAUAGCUUCAGACAAAAAGCUACCCUUAAUAAGCACACAAGGAUCCACACUGGAGAGAAGCCGUACACAUGUGAUCAGUGUGGGAAGAGAUUCAGCCGAAAAGAAAACCGUGAUGCACACCUAAAAACUCACACUGGAGAGAAGCAAUGCACAUGUGAUCAGUGUGGGAAGAGUUUUAAACAUAAAGGAGCCCUUAAUAGACACAUGAAGAUACACACUGGAGAGAAGCCACACACAUGCAAUCAGUGUGGAAAGAGUUUCAGACUUGAGCAACCUCUUAAGGAGCACAUGAAUAUCCACACUGGAGAGAAGCCAUACACAUGUGAUCAGUGCGGGAAGAGCUUCAGACAAAAAGUAAUUCUUAAAAGACACAUGAAUAUCCACGCUGGGGAGAAGCCGUACACAUGUGGUCAGUGCGGGAAGAGCUUCAGGCUAAAAGUAAAUCUUAAAAGUCACAUGAAUAUCCACACUGGAGAGAAGCCAUACAUAUGCAGUCAGUGUGGAAAGAGCUUCAGACAAAAAGCUACCCUUAACAAACACACAAGGAUCCACACUGGAGAAAAGCCGUACACAUGUGAUCAGUGUGGGAAGAGUUUCAGACGAAAAGAAAACCGUAAUGCACACCUAAAAACCCACACUGGAGAGAAGCCAUACACAUGUGAUCAGUGUGGGAAGAGUUUCACACAAAAAAGAGCCCUUAAUGUACACAUGAGGAUCCACACUGGAGAGAAGCCAUACACAUGUAAUCAAUGUGGGAAGAGUUUCACACAAAAAGGAGCCCUUAAUGAACACAUGAGGAUCCACGCUGGGGAAAAGCCGUACACAUGUGGUCAGUGUGGGAAGAGCUUCAAACUAAAAGCUACCCUUAACAAACACACAAGGAUCCACACUGGAGAAAAGCCGUACACAUGUGAUCAGUGUGGGAAGAGUUUCAGCCGAAAAGAAUACCGUGAUGCACACCUAAAAACCCACACUGGAGAGAAGCCAUACACAUGUGAUCAGUGUGGGAAGAGUUUCACACAAAAAAGAGCCCUUAAUGGACACACAAGGAUCCACACUGGAGAGAAGCCGUACACAUGUGAUCAGUGUGGGAAAAGUUUCAGACUUAAGCAAACCCUUAACGAACACAUGCGGAUCCACACUGGAGAGAAGCCAUACACAUGUAAUCGGUGUGGAAAGAGUUUUAGAAAAUAUGGUGGUUUUAAAAAACAUCUGCUUACUCAUUCUAGAGAGAGACUAGAAAACUGUGACCAAAGCAGUAGAAAAUCUUUCAGGGCAGAUUUCCUGAAGGACCACCUGAAAGUUCAUACGAAGGAGAAGCCUUACAUAUGUAAUUUAUGUGGAAAGAGUUUUAGUCAGAUGGUUGCUUUAAAGAUACACCAGAAAAGACACAGCAGUGUGAAGGAUCAUGCUUGCUCUAAGUGUGGGAAGACUUUUUUUACAAUUGGUGCACUGAAAGUGCACAAGACAGUUCACACUACAGAAACACCUUACAAGUGUUCACACUGUGACAAGAGAUUCAAACGGUCAACACAUCUACAAAUACAUGAGAGGAUCCACACUGGAGAGAAGCCACAUCACUGCCAUUCAUGUGGGAAGAGAUUCACUCAAUUAUCUUCUUUAAUCUGUCAUAAAUUACAUGUCUGCAUGUCUGAAAUUACAGUAAGUAGUUCAAGUGCUGAUCCUGUACUUCCAGGUGUGAUGGUUAAUAUUGAUUAAUCAGAGAUUAUUAGAAUGAUUAAUCAACUAUUCUUUGAAUAUUUCACAGAUUAAUCAGUAACUUUCAUUUAUUAUUCAGCUUUUGGAGUUGUUGAAUGUUGAAUUGCACCUAUUCUAACUAAUAAAUAAAACAAGGAAAUCA